UCCACAGUCACGACCUUGCUCUUUUGAACGGUCACAAUUCCCUUCAAGACUUACACCUCCUCCCGCAUCUGCUGCCUGUUCGUGCACAUUUCGAGAAGAAAAUAUAGAUAGCGAUUGACUUUCUACACAGGCGUCAUCGUCGAGCCUCCAUCCUCUUACUCUGUCCUGCGGGGUAUCAACGAGGGCCUCGCCGCUGGCUCGCUUCCGUGGCGGACUCCGAAUUCACAAGUUCAACUUCUCAAGACACGGCCAACAUGUUCGCAGCAAAGAGGCUAGGAAAGGAACUGCAAAAGGCCAAACAUAGUCUCCCUCCAGGCAUCGACCUCGUCAAAGCAGACGACUUCCGAGAAUGGCAAGUUGACAUACGGGUCCUGGACGCAAACCCUCUCUAUCUCAACCAGACAUACCGUCUCAGUUUCAUCUUCUCCAACAACUAUCCUAUAGAAGCACCAGAAGUCGCCUUCAUCUACGUCCCGCCCUCACCUGCACCGACCACUCCACAAUCGACCUCACAGACCCAGUCACAAUCGCAGUUACAGUCGACGUCACAAACACAGCCCUUCCCAGGCCGCCCUAUACCGAUUCACCCCCACAUCUACAGCAAUGGUAUUAUAUGUCUCGACCUCCUCGGCACGGCCGGCUGGUCGCCUGUGCAAAGCGUGGAGAGCGUAUGCAUGAGCAUACAGAGCAUGUUGACGGGCAAUACCAAGAACGAGCGACCACAAGGUGACGAGGCAUUCUGUCAGAGCAUGGGUGUGCGCGGACCAGACGGCUGGAGUGGUUGGCGAGGUGGCCGUGGACGAGGGCUGAAGGAUGUGAGAUUUGCUUAUGAUGAUGAUACGGUAUGAUGGACCUUGGAUUUGCAUGCGUGCAUUACGGCUUGGAGCCUGGAGUGUGAGCGAGUUUCGGAUCGGCAUUUUUCAGGAAUCACAUGGCGGGGGAUUGACCCGACAGCAUUGUACAUGGGCGGCAUAGGAGGAUUCCGGAUGGCAUCGACGCAGAUGCUACUUGGGUUUGACCAAACGACUUACUGGAGAAAGGUGAUGUUGGUGUGAUAGGCAAGGCUUGCGCCGGCUACUGACAGACGGCCGACGUACCGGGCAUUGGACAUGAUGGACACAAGCAUGAUGCGAGACGAUUGACGGCGGUACGAGACCAGAUAUAUUAUACCAUUGAACUGGUUCAAGGCCGGGCUGGCCGGUUGUAAUUUUUCUGUUUACUACAUAAGGUACUUCCUCUUGACUCUUCC